AUGGCGAGUAUACCCUCGGAACUGAGAAAGACCCUCACCCCUGCACUCCUCGAUGAGGUCCGCGACUUCUGGUUCUCUCAUUUCAGCAACGAGGAUGCAUUAAUUCUCCCCGGUAUGGAUGAAAUGAUGAAAUGGUUCAAGAAAGACGAGGAAUUCGACAAUGCCUGCGUUGCACAAUUCCAGCCAGCCCUGGAGUCAAUUCUCGCCUCCGGUGCAUCCGCGACGGAUAUUCUUGAUGCCUUUGACUCAAAAUCACCCUUGACCUGGCUCAGCCUGAUAAUCCUGUUGGACCAGGUACCCCGGAACUGCUACCGUGGCGAUAAGUCGAAGCUAGUCUUCGAGCGGUUCGACCCGCUCGCGCAGGAGAUUGCACUGCGUGGCAUCAAAGCCGAUGUGCCCGUUCAGUCCUCUCAUAUGAGAUAUCGCCUCGCGUAUCGCUUCUGGUUCCAUCUUCCCCUGAUGCAUUCAGAGAGCCUUGCUGUUCAUGAGCAGGCCAUUAAGGUCCACGAGGAUACCGCGAGGGACAUGGAAGAGCUCCUGCAGAAGGAUAUCAAAACUCUUGACGAAGAUGAGAAGAUGUGCUACAGUUUUCUCUCUGGUCAGAAGGAUGCUCUUUCGGAAUAUCUCAGUAAUGGGUUGGACUUUGAGAAGAGACAUAAGGUUAUCAUUGAGCGAUUUGGACGGUAUCCUCAUCGGAACCCAGCGAUGGGAAGGGAGCCGACUAAGGAAGAAAUAGACUACCUGGAGAAUGGGGGAGAAACCUUUGGAUAA